CGCCAGGUAUGAGCUGCUCGACGCGCGAGCCCACACUCGCUUCCUCCGUGCAGCAGCAACAGCCGUCGACGAAUGUCCAAGCCGCCUUCAAGCAACAUGGACGCCCGCUAUAACGACCGGAACGCGCCAUUGGCUGUGGCUGUGGCGGUUCCUUCGCAACAGAGCCCCUUUGAGAAGCUCAACACACUCAAGUUGCUCUUAGAUUGCGGCCACUUAACCGCGGGCGAGUACCAGGAACGCAAGACGCAGAUCAUCAACGAGAUGACAGGAACUUCCACCGAGAGGAAGAAACCCUCACCAAGUUCUAGGAGGCCAGGCUCAGCCAAUGGAAGUCCGCCACCUCCGCCUCUCCAGCCUUUACUUAAGACCGUCGUACCUCAUGGUCCGCCAGAUUUCUCAAGAAUUAGAAGAGAACGAGCGGAUAAAUUGAGCUUCGAUGUGGAUACAUUGGAGUGGCAUUCGACCCCCGUGAAGGUGAAAUUGGAUCUGGUGCCGUUUGCUACGGGACAAUUGAGAAAUGCCUAUUAUCUACAGGAACUCGGUGCUGAUGGUAGUUCGUCGAGGUUAUUGGUGGCGAAAGUGAGUCUACGUUUUGCUGAGCCCAGUACGUAUCUCAGCGACGUGGAGAUGCAAGCGGUGUGUGCUCAUUACGCAGCUCUAUACAACGAGCAUGAGCCUCCUCUAAAGGUGUGUUAUGCGAGGUCUUGGUUACUGAAACUGAGGAAUCGAGAACGCGGGACUCUGGUGUGUUCCGUGGAGGAGUUCCUGCCAGGAGCGUAUGUGAAAUAUAGCAAUAACAGCGGCUACGUGGGUCGAGAAACCAGCACGACUGAAGAACGGGAACGCAACACGCCACAGGCUUUUUCCCACUUUUCUUUCGUGGCUUCGGAUUUCCGAUUAAUGAUUGUGGACAUCCAAGGAGUCGCAGAUAGCUACACCGAUCCUCAGAUUCAUUCCGCUGACGGGAGAGGCUUUGGGGUGGGGAAUCUCGGUACCUUCGGGAUGGAAAAGUUCCUGGAAAGUCAUCGAUGCAAUGAAGUCUGUCGGUGGCUGGGACUGCGCAGUAUUAACGAACAGUACAAAGCCGGCGGAACGGCUGCUCCCGGGUACGAGAUGCCAUUCGGUGGGGCCAUUAAGAAGUCGACGAAUAGGAUUACAGAGGAACGCAAUACAUUCUCCACUUCAGUCACAGUGAGCGAAGCAUUUGGCGACACUGCAUCAGCAGAUUGGACCGAGCAGGACUCGAAACGGGAGAGUGCGGAGGAGGACGAAGAAGAUGAAGAAGACGAAGAGGACGCGGGCGAACACUCUGACUCGACUUCGUACGCUACGGACUCGUCACCGGCAAUGUCGGCACUGCAUCCACGACAUCCGAGGGCGAAGAGGCAAAAGCGAGUUUCGCCUCGAUCACCUGGCAAGCCAAAAAAACGCGAGGGUGGUCGACGGCUCCGGCACCCCACACAUGUCAGCAAAAGCAUCACAAGUAGUCCCGGGGCAGGAGGUGGAAGCCUCUGGUCAAAUGUGGCUCGAAAUUUAUUCUGCGGGUGUGCGUGA